CUUGCUAUGUGGAUUACAGCUCCCACUACUUACUGGAUUCUCAUCACUGGAAACUAACAUUGAACCAGCAAAGAGGAUUUUUAUUAGAGUGUUUGGAUAUUUGACUUUUAUAUAGGUUUUAUAUAGGUGGACUUUUGCAAUUAAUUCGGCCCUGUUGUAGAUGAGUGCCAAGAUGAACGGUCGUGCUCUGCCACCAUCGAUACCUGAGGAUGGAGAAGCCCCCGACCACUUUCAUCACGGGGAGAUGAAUGGUUAUCACCAGAGGCUUCAGGGUGGUGAUGGGGGAGAGGCCGAGGUCCCGGUCUCCAAGUCCCAGAGGCGGAAGAGCGAUGUCAAAGUCUAUAAGGAGUUUUGUGAUUUUUAUGCUCGCUUCAACAUGGCCAACGCUCUGGCCAAUGCCAUGUGUGAGCGCUGCAAGAGUGGUUUUGCCCCGGCAGAGAAGAUCGUGAACAGUAACGGGGAACUUUACCAUGAGCAGUGCUUUGUGUGCGCCCAGUGUUUCCAGCAGUUCCCAGAGGGACUCUUCUAUGAGUUUGAAGGCAGGAAAUACUGUGAACAUGACUUCCAGAUGCUGUUCGCUCCCUGCUGCCACCAGUGCGGUGAGUUCAUCAUUGGCCGCGUGAUCAAGGCCAUGAACAACAGUUGGCAUCCAGAGUGUUUCUGCUGUGACAUCUGCCAGGCCGUUCUCGCCGACGUUGGAUUUGUUAAGAAUGCUGGAAGGCACCUGUGUCGUCCAUGCCACAACAGAGAGAAAGCUCGGGGCCUUGGCAAGUACAUCUGUCAGAAGUGUCACGCCAUUAUUGACGAGCAGCCUCUUCUGUUCAAGAAUGACCCCUAUCACCCGGAUCACUUCAACUGCAACAACUGCGGCAAAGAGCUGACUGCUGAUGCCAGGGAGCUGAAGGGAGAGCUCUACUGUCUGCCCUGCCAUGACAAGAUGGGUGUCCCCAUCUGCGGUGCCUGCAGAAGACCCAUCGAGGGCCGUGUGGUUAACGCCAUGGGCAAGCAGUGGCAUGUGGAGCAUUUUGUGUGUGCUAAGUGUGAGAAACCCUUCCUUGGACACCGUCACUACGAGCGCAAGGGCCUGGCCUACUGUGAAACACACUACAACCAGCUGUUUGGAGAUGUUUGCUACCACUGCAAUCGUGUUAUCGAGGGAGAUGUGGUGUCUGCCCUCAACAAGGCUUGGUGUGUCAACUGUUUUGCCUGCUCUACUUGCAACACCAAGCUCACCCUCAAGAACAAGUUUGUGGAGUUUGACAUGAAGCCAGUGUGUAAGAAGUGCUAUGAGAAAUUCCCACUGGAGCUGAAGAAGAGGCUGAAGAAGCUGUCUGAAACCGUCGCACGGAAGUAAACACACAGAUGCAUAGCAGGAGGGAGGGAGAGGUAGAUGAGACCCUAAGGUGGCCCCAUGCAAGGGAGAAGUCACAUCUUCACAAUUGACAAUCGUGUUUAAGAUAGCAUUUUCUGUGUUUCAUGUCAGGUGGUGUGUUAAAUUUAGGAUCGGUUAUUUCAGUGGAACUCUCCACUUUUCAGUUACAGCAGCAAAGUGUCGAAGGUCAUUUCAUGAGCCUGAAACUGACAGAUGGGUCGACAGACUGUCAGUCACUAGGUUUAACUUUAACCUGUUCAGUGCCUUUUGGCUCAAAUACUGCACUGUACUGUAUAUAUGUUCACAUGCUUGCCUUAUUUCACUGCUAUAUAUAUAUAUAUAUAUAUAUAUAUAUAUAUAUAUAUUAAACCCAAAAACACAUGAUGAUGGUCGGUAUUUCAUGAUUAUGUACAGUAUAAACUUAGAAACAUGGGAAUAAUAAAACCUCUGUUGACAGGUUCAACUGUUGCCAACUUCUGUUUGACUUAUGUUACUGACUAUAAUAAUAGAGUAAAACCCAAAGAAAGUUGAGAAAAAAAUGCAGUUUGUUUAUAUAAUAUCUCUAAUAUUUACUGUUUUCCACCUAUAUGUAUUAUUUCAUGUAUUAUAAAUGCUUAUUUUCUUUAAUAUUACGCAAAAUGAGUUUGUGUUUAGCUCUAUAUAAAGUUUUCAGAUAUUUUUUUUCUUGCAUCAGCGGUUUUUUGACGUACUGUAUCCUCCUCAAAGCUUCAGUAAUGGAUUCAACCAUAGCUGAAGUUUGUUGGAUUAUAGUUGGAUUAUAGUGUUAUGUGCUAUGCAUUGUAUAUGUGGAGCGAUAUCUAUGCAAACUGGCAUUUACGCAGAGUUACCAAUUUAUUAGGUUCACUUGUACAAUCUAAUAUAAUCUAAUAGGACAGCCCUGAAAUAAAUCCCAAGUUUAUAAUGUUCAGUUUUUGUUUUGUCCUCUCUUAUAGUAAAUACUUACAAGCAAAUGAAUAUAAGAAGCACCUUUAAAAAUACAGCAAUCCUGUACAACACCACCACUAACUACUGUACAUACAGCCUCAGAAAUGACCAUAGAGUAGACUCAACACCUCUUACACCAUGUCAACAAAUACUGAACAUAAUAAGCUUCACGGUGACAGGAUUUAUUGCGGGGCAACUGGUAACUCUUGUGUGUUACAACUUGAUGGCUUGUGGCCUGUGCAGGGACCGGAUGCGGGAGCAAUGUUAGAUGUUAGAACAUGAGUCUCUGCUGUUUGUAAUCCAAGGAAAGUGAUCCUCUUAGUGAGGUAUACAGACUUCCUCAGGGCUCAGACCCUCUUAGGAAAGAAAGCCAACUGUUGAAUGGUAAAAAAAAAAAUAAUUUCCAUUCAAAAAAUGUUUUUCGCUUGAGCAGUAUUUUACCAUAGAAAGCUUGUCUUUUACAUAAUAGUUAAAUAGAAAGACACAUUCCACAGUUUCACAGAAACACAAAGCCUAUGUUUCUGUUCUGAAUUUCACUACUUAUGCCACAUUUGUCAUAUGUCAUGUAGAGGUACAACUAUCUGCUGGACUGUUGUGAAGCAGAACUUCAGCGUCACUAAAAAUAGUCCGGUAGAAAGCUUUAUUUGAUAUCUUACAACUGGGGUGACUGAGGUGACUCUACACAGAUAUACACAGAUAUGUAUUUUAUCAUCACAUUGCUUGUCAAAAUACAAUAUUUAUUCAUGUAAACACACCAAAGUGCAUGUUUUGGACUUGAAUGGAGAGUUAUUGUUCAUUAUAUCAAAGAUAAUGCUGUCAACUCACCUGAAUAAACAUGUACAGUAUGUCAAUGCUA